UGUUCCCCAAAUGGAGAGUGAAGAUACCCCAAAACCCAGAAGUUUGAACACUGAAAAAACAGCAUAGUAUUUGGUGCAGCAAUUCUCUUUCAGAAACCUUUUUAUUUGAGCUAAUCCUUUUUCUCAAAAAAAUUCACCCCUUCAAAAUUUGGCUCAAAGGGGUUUUUUCUCUUUCUCUGUCACCACUUUCCUUCGUGGCAGGUCUCAGCCAGGUCUCAGCGUGCUCCUCCGCAUCAUCCGCUUCUCUCUGCAAAUGUACACAUAUUUGCUUCUUCAGUGUGGUUGUUCAGGGAAACUUAAGGGUGAGGGUUCAGCUGGAGCAUGCUGAGUCAUAGCUGCUGCACAUGACAAUGAUAUACGCUGUUUGACAUCUUGAAUUAUUGUUGCCAUUGUGGUCUUGUUAUUAUUGAAGAUAUAGGAGGAAAUGGGAAAAAUAGCUCUUGCAGCAAUAAUGAGCUUAUGUGUUAUUCCUGCCUCCAUAAUGGUUAAUCGCAUAGUUCAUGAGCCAUAUAUGGAUGAGAUAUUUCAUAUACCACAGGCAAAGCAGUACUGCAAGGGAAAUUUUGGAAGUUGGGACCGUAAUAUUACCACUCCUCCUGGCCUGUACUAUCUUUCACUUGCCCAUGUUGCUUCUUUGUUUCCAGGCCUGUACUUUGUACAAGCUGUUUCCUCAUUUUCUGACAUGUGCUCUGUGGCAAUCCUUCGAUCGGUUAAUGGUGUCUUAGCAAUUGUAUGCAGUGUAAUUUUAUACAACAUAAUUAUGCAUUUGAAGCCAACACUUACCAAGAGAAAGGCGAUGCUUCAAGCAGUGGUCCUAUCCUUGUACCCCCUUCACUGGUUUUUCACUUUUCUCUAUUACACAGAUGUUGCAGCUGUUACGACAGUGCUGGCUAUGUAUCUAGCAAGUUUGAAGAAAAAUUACUGGUUUAGUGCAUUGAUCGGAGCAGUGGCAGUUGUUAUUCGCCAAACAAAUGUUAUAUGGGUGCUUCUUGUUGCAUGCACUGCAAUCAUAAAUAUUUCUGUGACUCAUGGAAAGCAAAAUACAAAAUCUAUCAAGUCAGAUGUGUCUGUCAAGCAUGGUUUAGAAUAUGCUACUGGUACUAAUUCAGAGGGUUUCAAUCUGAGGAAGCGAAAAAUUGUUAAAUCUGGGAAUACUAUUGAACGCUCAUCAUCAUCUGAUUCUUCUCCUUCCUCUUACUCAGGUUUUGCUGAUGAAUUAUGGACCAUCCUUUUAACAUUGUGGUACAUGAAAUGGGAGAUUCUAAUUUCAUUUAGCCCCUUUCUCAUGGUGGUGGUGGCCUUUAUUGUAUUUGUGUACUGGAAUGGAAGCAUUGUUCUGGGUGCAAAAGAAGCACACGCAGUUACCCCACAUUUCUCUCAGAUGCUUUAUUUUAGUUUGGUUUCUGUACUGGCUCAGGCUCCUAUGCAGAUCACUAUCACCCAGGCUGUGGACUUGUUUCGUAUGUUUCGGAAGAGUAGGCCCCUUCUUUUCUUUCAGAUGUUCCUGGCCCUUGUAGUUGGCAUGCUCUCAGUACACUUUUUCAGUGUAGCUCAUCCAUACCUUCUUGCUGAUAAUCGGCAUUACCCUUUUUAUCUUUGGAGGAAAGUUAUAAUGGCUCACUGGUCAAUUAAAUACCUUCUGGUCCCAGUUUAUAUAUGUUCAUGGUUUUCCAUCAUCAACAUGUUGGGAAAAUCUAGAAGUAAAAUAUGGGUUUUGGCAUAUUUUUUGGCCACUGCAGCUGUUCUUGUACCAGCUCCACUGAUAGAGUUCAGAUACUACACCAUACCAUUCUAUUUCCUGGUGCUUCACUGUGAAAAUAGUGAUGAUCAAAGUUGGAUUCUCACAGGCAUACUGUAUAUUGGUGUUAAUAUCUUUACAAUGGCCAUGUUUCUGUUUCGACCUUUCCAUUGGGAUCAUGAGCGUGGAAUUCAAAGGUUUAUAUGGUGAUUCAGUUCAUUGAAAAACAAGUUUUGUAACAGCGAAACUACCCUUUUUGUGGGCCUUUUACCACCAGUUUUACAAGAGUGGAAUUUUAAAUCUCCUUAGUUAUAUUUUUGAGGGAUUUAAAUCUCCUUAGUUAAUAUGAUAAUCCUUUUAGCUACUUGAAGAAAAGUGUUGGUUUUUUGGAACUGAUUAACUUUGUCCUGGAAUGUUCAAGACACUGUUAAUUUAGUUAUUGAAAGAAAAGAAAAAAUCGAUUUACUCC